CAGACAUAUAUCCUGAGAGAGAGAGAAUGAGAGAUAGAUCUAUUUGUUAUCCUAUUUCCUCUCUUUCUCUCUCUAACCCACGUUGCUGUCUUCAGAGAGAGAGAGAGAGAUGAGAUUAGAAGGUGUGUUAAUCCUUGCAACUGCGAUUAGCGUAGUGUUGUGGCAAUCCAAAGCAAAUGCAGAGGAAAAAAAUUCGUGUGAUUUGUUUGAAGGGGAAUGGUUGUCUGAAUCGUCCGCACCGUACACUCUCUACAACUAUACAUCAUGUCCCUUCAUCCAGAAGGAGUUCAACUGCCGGAAAAAUGGCCGCUCCGACGACUUGUACCUUAGGUACAACUGGCGACCAAACUCCUGCAACUUAUCAAGAUUUGAUGGAGGAAAUUUGUUGAAGACAUACAAAGGAAAAAGCAUAAUGUUUGUGGGUGAUUCCCUCAGCCGCAAUCAAUGGGAAUCUUUAAUAUGUAUGAUCAUCGCCACCGUGCACGAAACUAACUACACUCACACCUCCUCCGGCGAGGUUACCACCUUCACAUUCACGGAUUAUGAAGUGAAGGUGAUGUUGGAUCGCAGUGUAUAUCUUGUAGACUUAGUUGGAGAAGCACAAGGUAGAAUCCUCAAGCUAGACUCCAUACAAGGUGGCAAGAGAUGGCUUGGCAUCGACACCCUCAUCUUCAACACGUGGCACUGGUGGAAUCGCCGCGGCGCCUCUCAACCGUGGGAUUUCAUCGAAUUAGGGGGACAGCUCUACAAAGACAUGGAUCGCGUCCUCGCCUUUGAGAAAGCGCUCCACACGUGGGCAGGUUGGGUCGACGACAACGUGGACCCCACCACGUCCAUGGUUUUCUUUCAAGGGAUUUCCCCAUCGCAUUACAAUGGGAGCGAAUGGAACGAGCCACGUGCGAAAUCGUGCAUAGGACAAAAAGAGCCAGUGGCGGGGCCCACGUAUCCUGGGGGUUUGCCACUGGCUCUAGGGGUACUGAAGAGGGUGUUGGGGGCGAUGAGGAAGCCUGUCACGCUGUUGGACGUGACAGGCCUUUCGUUGAUGAGGAAAGACGGGCAUCCCUCGAUUUACGGGCUUCCUUCGAUGGACUGCAGCCAUUGGUGCCUGCCGGGAGUUCCGGAUACAUGGAAUCAGAUUCUUUACAACCUCAUUGUUUGAAAGGUUGUAUAUUCAUGUCACAUUUUUACUUGUAAUAAGAUAUUUGAGAAGGAAUAACUAAUCAAGAUAGGAUGGGAUAGAUGGAAUUAAUAAUCAAUUUUUUAUUUUAAGAAUUAGUAUUCAUAAAGCAUAUACUAUUCGUUGUCUCUAUUUGAAUGAAAUUCUAAGAUCCUAAAUUAUAAUAUAUUAAUUUUAGCACAAA